AGUGUAUUCCUUAAUUGCACUUUGUUGCACUUGAAAUACGAAAAGAACAGAAAGCAUAGUUGACAAGGACGGACCUUUACUGCUAUACUUUACUAGUUUUCUCUUUAUUCCUUUAAAGCUUAAAUAUACAUUUGUUCCAUUUUAAAGUGCGAAAAAGUGUAUUUUACAAAAAUGACAUAUUGUCAUACAUGGUCCUAAACAAUAACUUAACCUAAUGUGGCGAUUAAGCUGCAAUUAAAUUCAACACAUACGUUUUAUCUUAGUACAUAUCAAAAAUUUUGCAUUCUAAAAAGCUUACAUACACAAUUAUAAGAUGAAUACAAUACCCCCUGUUAAACCACCACGUGGGAUUAAACCGACGAAAGAAACGAGCGGUCUAUUGAUCUCUGUGAUUCGUGCUUUAUCAGCAAGCGAGACAAAUGAGCAACGGGAGAUUGAAAAGGCUAAGCUGGAAAAAGAGUACAAACGUAGCGAUCAACGGUUGGAAGAAUUAGUUUCAUUGUAUGAUCAAGAUCUCAUGGAAGUUAUGCAAAUAUUCAGUGCAUUAUCUGAGAAGGUUACGUCAUUGCGAGAAAAGAUUCAUGCUGUAAAGGAGAAUUUAAAUGUCUGCAAGCAAUUGCUGAGAUGUAAACGAGAGGAAUUAUUGAAUCUGUGGCUAGAAGGAAUAGAACACAAACAAGUUUUACAUCUUCUAAAAGAUGUGUCAUCAGAUUCAUGCGGACAUAUAAUAUCUUUAACAGAGCCUGAGCCAUUACAAUUAUCCAAUAUAUCGCAUGAUCCCUUAGUAGAUCAAUAAAAAUCUUGUAAUCCUGUGUUAUAUUUAAUGAUUCAAAAAUAAUAUAUUUAAUUUUAGUUGUAUAUAACAAUAAAAAAUAUAAUGUUUUCUAAUAGAUUUAAGUAAAAUAG